AUGUCUGCACCGUCGCCGUCCGCGGUAUUUGCCAGCCUACCCGAACUCGUGCGGUGUUUGGCAGAACAGACCCUUAGCACCCUGGAGCUUAUGACGCUCUGCCUUGUCAACAAGACAUUCAACGCCGCAGUCACACCUGUCUUAUACCGGCACGUCACCAACCGCGGGAGCGCCGGACCUCGCGCCGCCAGCCUGCAGCUCGCAUUUGCCGACAAGAAGAAAUGCGUUCAUGUCCGAGACCUUCUUGUCCGCGGUUCCGGCAACCGCGCAAGUUCCCCCUUCCAUGGUUCCGGCCCGUUGGCGGCGGAUGUCCUCAGCACUCUCCACAAAUCAAGUCCGGCCAUUAAGGUCAUUCACAUCGACUUCCCGGAUGACAUGGGCCAGAGACUAGGCUACAGCGACUUUCCCCCGUCACCGGAGGUGCAGCUAGAGCAGCGCAGGCUCUACGAGAAGCCGGAUCUAACCGUGUUCUCGUGCCUCGAGGAGCUAACACUGAAUAAUCUCUACGAAGAGUUGCCUUGGUGGAGAGCCCAGCUCGCCCUGGUGUUCCGGAACUCGCCGCGUCUCCAGAUGCUGACACUGUCGCUCGCGAAUCAGACGCUGGAGCACUACAACACAAAGGGCGAGAGGGACAAGUUUGAAGGCUUCUUUGACCAGUUAUGUGAUGACUACGGCGAAACGGAAGCCUCGCCGCUGCGCCUCCGGAAACUGCAUCUGGGCAACGCCGUGUACCCGUACAGGCUUGCCUCUCUGCGAAAGCUUACCGACCUCCGCUUCCUCGAAGAUGUUCAUGUCGAGAACGUCGGGGUGUGGCAUGGCGGCGUCAUCAUCAGCAUGUACGACAACGAUGGGAGCAGGAUCAUCUUCGACGCAUUCGGGCCCGCCAACAGCCCCAAUCUGCGCCGUUUCAGCGUGGCCGGUUACCAAAGUGACGUCCACCAUUUCCUGGCUACUCUAGAUCCUCCCUCGGCGCGCAGGCUGGCUGUCUCGUGUCUAGACAUGUCCAUGGGCUAUGAGCCAGCGGCUCUCCUCCGAUACAACCCGAUCUACCCCUCCCUCCCGCUACACCUGCGGAUGCUCGAGAUGGAACUGCGGCGCGAUGAGGUCCGCCUAUUCGAUAACGAUGGCCGCGACGUAAACUACUGGGACAUUCCGUCUGCCGCGUUGAUGCUUGAGAACCUGGUGACGGGAGACGAUGGCACACUAGAAGGGCUUGCAGUCAACUUGACCGAGACUCCGGGGCUCAAGAUUGGGUUUGAGGAAAUGGACCUUCUCGUUGAUGCCCUUGGGAAACUUGCCAAUCUUACCCAGCUCGCCGUCAACAUGUACGGUCAAAAGCGUGUCGGACCCGAAGAAGCGAACAAGGUCGUUCUCAGGCUUGCCGGGGCGGCACCGCGUCUCCGCUACAUCAGGCUGUACUCGUGGUAUUGGCGCGUCUGGCGAGCUACAGGUGACACCGAGAUUAAGCUGGAGGAGCUGGAGCCAUCCGAAGUUGGGCACGUCGAACUAUUUCAAGGGUUCAGUGAGUUCGCGUCUUCGUGA